AUGUAUGACAAAGAGGGAAACCUUAAGUCCUGGUGGACGGCGGAUGACGGCACGAAGUUUGUGGAACGUGCUCAGUGCAUCAUAGAUCAGUACAACGGCUUCGUGGUGCCAGGAACAGGCAAUAUGACUAUUAAUGGUAUCAACACCCUUGGCGAAAAUAUUGCGGAUUCUGGUGGCAUAAAAGAAAGCUUCAAUGCGUACCGAAAGUGGGUGAACACUGCAAGAGGAGGCAAGGAGGAGCCCAAACUGCCUGGUCUGGCCUACACACCGAAUCAGCUGUACUUUCUCAAUGCUGCACAGGUUUGGUGCGGAAGUAUGAGAGAUCAAGCGAAGGUGGGGCAUAUUCGUACACAACCACAUAGCAUAUCGGAGUACAGAGUGUACGGUCCUAUGCAGAACUACGAUGAGUUCUCCAAGGCAUGGAACUGCCCUGCAGGAUCCUUCAUGAACAGUAGGCGCAAGUGCUCCGUCUGGUAG